AGAUGAUAGCCCUGGGGAAGGCUCUAUGCUUGGUUGCUUGCUUUGUAGGUGCUCAAGGUUUUCUUCCGGCUCAGCCUUUCAUAGCCAGGAAGGGAUGGAACGAUGCAGCAUCUGCUCUGCCUCUGCGCAAGGCGAUCAGCUGUCGUCUGCCUUCAGCUUCCCGCCAGCGCUUCACUGCAACGAGGAUGGCAGUGGAGGAGGAGAGCCUGCAGCGGCUGGUGGACAGCAAGGGGAGAAGGUACAUCAUUGUGGGUGGGAAGGGAGGAGUGGGGAAGACGAGCACGAGCGCUGCAUUGGCGGUGAAGCUCGCGGACGAGGGGCUGAGAACGCUGGUAAUCUCCACAGACCCGGCGCACUCGCUGGGGGACGCACUCAUGACGGAUCUGUCUAAGGGAAAGGUCACGCCCGUGGCGGAGCAGGGAGGCAACCUGUAUGCCCUCGAGGUGGACCUGAAGGAGGCGAUAGAGGAGUUCAAGGCCGUCAUCAAGAGCCUGAAGGGGUCGGAGGACGUGGACAGCAUCGCGUCAAAGCUGGGACUGUCGGAGAUGACGGACAUCUUCGACGUGCCUCCCCCAGGAGCAGACGAGCUGGUGGCGCUGAGCAAGAUUAUCUCGCUCGUGGAGGAAGGGGAAGCCAAGACAGCUCUGGGGCAGGUGGUGAAGAGCUCCAACUUCGACCGGGUCAUCGUCGACACAGCCCCGACGGGGCAUACGCUCCGCCUCCUCUCCUUCCCUGAAUUCCUCGACUCUUUCCUGCAGAAGGUGCUGGCGUUGAAGCGGAGGCUGGACGGCGCCAUCAACACGGCGAAGAGUUUGUUUGGUCUGAAAAGCUUCGACGACAUCGAGGACGCUGCUAGGGCGAUCGAGCGCUACAGGGAGGAAGCAGAGGAGCUCAGGAAACUUCUUACAGACAAGGACCGAACUCAGUUUGUCGGCGUUUCUAUUGCUUCGGCCCUGAGCUUUGCUGAGAGCGAGAGGCUUGUACAGGGGCUCAAGGAGCGCGGAGUUGCGAUCGACAACCUGGUUGUCAACCAGCUGCUGGGGGACGCCAGCGACCCCGCGGCCGUCGCGAGGAUCGUCAAGGCGCAGGCCAAGUGCAUCAAAGAGCUUGAGGACUUGUCCGCUAGCGCUCCGCUGGAGCAGCCCGAUGCACAUCCGAUAUGGCUGAAUCAAGUUCCCUUCUUCGACUCAGAGCUUCGAUCGGUCUACGCUCUACGAGCUCUCUCCAACGCUCUCUUCUCCAGCAAGAUCUCUGUCUGAAACCUUUGGCUUUAUUCAUCGGAUCACACGCGAUGCUCCGAGAGCAGCAAUUAGCUUUGACCUGGGCUUAGGCGAGGAAGGGCCCGCCGCCCGUCAUGACCUUGAUGCACCUGAUGCGGUUGGAGAUGUAGUUGAAGUUGUCAAUGCAGUAGUCAAUGUUCGCCUUGUUGUUGAUGAUGUUCUGGGUGGUGUUGUGCGAAAUCAGCUCUCCACUGCAGGCCUCAAGAGCGGCAGCGACAGCCUGACGUACAAAAAAGAUUAAAAGUUUGCGUGAUGCGCAUGAGUGAAGCGAAUAGGAGAAAAGAUUUGAAGAUCAAAGAAUGU